AUGAACAGAAAACGACCUCUGAUUUGUGACAUUUUCAAAGUACAGAAAAGAAGACCAGGUGCUGAGAAGUUUGGUGUCAAGAGUGAUGAAGGUGGUUUGACUGACGUCCGAGCCAGCCUGGAGUACCUCAUGACACUAUUUCCCAGAAAGCUCUUCAAUGACAAAUUACCUCAAAUUGUACUGAAGCACCAACUGUAUAGCAUUCAUCAUGACAAGACUCUAGUGGACAAGGAAGUGAAUAAACUGCGCGACAAUGGGGAGCUGCUCAUGUUCCAACUCGGUUUUGACGCCGAGGCGUUUGGCCUUGUUUUCACGCCUGACUACAAGGCCAAAGUUUUGUCCGGAGAGGAGGGAAGAGACACCCGAGGGACUGUGGACAAGUUCUUGGAGAAAGUUUUGUCGCCUUGCACCGAUCUGAGCUUCAGCAAAGACCAGAUGAUCAGGGACUUCCUCUUUACGGACUCAGAAAUCACGUAUCUGGUGAAGGCCGGGGUCUUGACGGUCAGGGACGCCGGCAGCUGGUGGCUCUCUAUUCCCAACUCUGGCAGAUUCACGAAGUACUUUAUACAAGGUCGUAAAGGCGUGCUGAGCAUGGUGAAGAAGUCGCGCUAUGGCGAAGCGUUACAGGCUGAGCUGGAAGGACGGCGGACCACCUCGCAAGUAAAAUUCCACAUCAAGUACCACAUUCACGAUCUGGUCGGUGCCGAGCUGGUGGAAAGCAUACCAACAACCUCUGGGACUUUGUUGCGAUAUGUUGACUCCUGA